GUGUAUGCUUUUUAGAUGUUUCUCUGCAUAAAUGAUAAUAAUAAUAAUACAAACCAUCAGUGAUCUAUAUUCAACGGCGCCGUAAAAGAUCUUUUUUUAUUUCAAACAACACUAUUGUUGCCCGUUUGUUCCGUGCAGCAUUUCCCUUUUUUUUGCAUAAUUUAAAAAAGCUACCAUUUUCUUGAUAAUUAUUAUUGUUGUUUACAAUGUAGUGUAAUGUGUGUAACUGAUUAAUCCAAAUGAAAAUGUGGUAUAAACUAAACACUGAAGACAUUGUAGGUCCUUUAAGCUAACUUGCUGCUCAUGUUGAAAUAUUAGUCAAUACAUGCAUUACAUAUAUAUUUUUAUAUAUAUACAAUAUAUUGUAUUGUCCUCAAAUAAAUCGGGUGAAGAACACUACACUGGUUUAAAAAAAACUUGACGUUAAAGUUCUGUGCAGAUGUGUGCCACCUGUGAACCAUGGCUGGAACUCAUCGUCCACAAAUGUAAAUACGCAAGGCUGCACAUGCGCCCUGUUCACUUGUAGCAGCUUUGUUGGCUAGCUACCUGCUACUGCUAACUAGCCAGUGGUUUCUGCAAUUGACGGCGCACAGAUAUGGACAUCGACGCGUUAUUGGAAGCGUUUCAAGACUUUGAAAAGAAGGGGAAGAAAGAGACCUGUCCUGUACUCGAGCAAUUCCUGUGUCAUGUUGCCAAGACGGGGCAGCCACUGAUCUCAUGGUCCCAGUUUAAAAGUUACUUCAUGUUUAAGUUGGAAAAAGUCAUGGAUGAUUUCCACACUUCAACACCAGAGCAGAGAGGAGCGCACAACCCCAACGUAGAGUUUAUUCCCUUUGAAGAGAUGAAGGCGAGGAUCUUGAAAAUAGUGGAUGGCUACAAUGGAAUUCCGUUCACCAUCCAGCGUCUGUGUGAGCUGCUGAUGGACCCCAGGCACAACUACACGGGAACGGACAAGUUUCUCCGAGGUUUGGAGAAGAAUGUAAUGGUGGUCAGCUGUGUGUACCCCAUAUCAGAGAAAAAUACGUCCCCCGCUGUAAACAGAGUGAACGGAGUCAUGUUUUCUGGAAACUCCCCUCUUUAUUCAGGCAGCCGUAAUAUAAAUGGACCUGACACACCGAGACCACUGACCAGACCAAAGUUAUCACUGGCGUCUUCUUUUUCCACAAACGGGCUUCCUGACUGUCCAGUGGGCCGAGAGCCGGAGGCCGCCACAGGGCAGAGGGAGGAGCCGCACGUCAGCAGUGAUUCCUUGCAGCCAGAGGAAGACUCCACACCAAACCCUGGGUCGAAACAUAAACACCCAGAGGAAGAAGAUAACAUUCGUGACGCAGAGGAGCAAGAGGUGAAGAGGAUCAAGUUUGAAGAAGAGGAACUGGUCAAAGAAGAGAAAGAGUUCUCUGGUCGUGAACUGUCACCACAGGUGACACCACCUUUGAGAGAGUCUGGUGGUCAGGAGUACCAAAGUGAAACGACCUGUGACACGACCUGUGACCUCGAGCCAAGUAGCACAAAGACUGAGGGACCUGAAAGAGAAGGAGACUCGUCUGAGAUACAAGACGUCCACAGUGACAGAGAAGUGGACGUCGAGGACAAACCAGAGCUGACUGGUGCAGCAGAGAAAAGCACAAGUUUUCAGAAGGACAAAGUGGAGGAGAGCAGCAGCAGCAGCAGCCUCGGUGAUGAACAGUGUCCUUCCAGCAGCAAACAGCUUCUCUCUUCUCCUUGUAGUUCACCGGACCGGUCAACAGAGGGCAUUGCUGACCCUUCAGUCAGCACAGACGCUGUAACAGAGCCUGGGGAACGUGACUAACGGCCUCUGCCUUCUGACUAUUUUUUUUCUUUUUUUACACUGUACUAUACCACGCCAACGGUAUACAAGCAUCACUGUGGACCUUUUAUACUUCAGGACCAGGACCAACGUGGACACCAGAGACAAGAGCUUGAGUUUCAGCUGGUCAAACCUACGCAUCACCUGGUCAUUGAACUGAAACAAAACAAAAAAAACCCAGAAGACUUGUUACAGUCUUUUAACUGAUUCCGAAUUUCAAUAUUGAUUUUUAUUUUUUUUUAUUUUAAUUGAAUAUUUGGUGUAUUCCCCAAUUUCCUGAUUUUUUUUUUUUAAUUCCGAGCGUUGACCUCAGCACAGUGUGUUAAUGAGGUCGCUGGGAAUUCAAAUCAAAACAUAACAACGGUCUGUGAGAAUUUCUGAGACGCACAAAUGAUAAAAUAUGAUUUUUGUCAACAGCCGACAUCACUUUAGAGUGACCUUCAAACAGACGUUGGUUGAUGUUCUACUUCCUUCGUACUCUGUGAGGCCAAUCUUAACAUACAACAUUGCCAGUAGUAAAUAUUUGGUUGAUAUAGACACGGUCUAUAGAUCAGUGUGUCCCAAAUGAAGCUCUUCUGUAUGGACGUCAGUAUUGAGAACAUGUGGUACUUUUUCCACUCGGUGUAAGAUGUACUCGAGCUGUAUAUUUGUCCCUUUUUGAUAGCACGGAUUUUUACAGUACGUACCUGUACUCCAUGUUUUGUAAACCUUGUAAUACUUGUCCACUGCCUUGGCAAAACAGAUGAUCGGUGGCAUUGGAAUGCUUGAGCUUGUAUCCUAGUGAUCCUGGGAAAGCAAUAAAUGCUAAAACCUGAA